CAUUAUAUUAAAAACUGAAAAAGAAGCGCCAUUCGUUUAAAGUUCCAGGGUGGAUGUAUCACCUGAAAAUAACUUAUAUCUGUAAUUUUCAAUCAAUGACAUCAGUGAUCGCCAAUAGAUACAUAGAAAGUGUGCGUUUUUAUAAGCUGCGUUGUGUUUGUUGUGUUAACGACCGGUCCAUGUUGUGUCAGCAGUGCGACUUUUCGUUUACACACAACAACUAAUGACCUGCAGUAGAUCACAUUACCUCUCCAACUGGACCAGUCCUGUUCUGUGACCAUCAGCUUCGGCUCAGUCCCAUUAAAAGUUGCUCACAUAAAUUUCGCUGACUACUCGUGGAAUACCACACCGUCGGGUUCAUUUUUAAAAGAGGCUGUCGUUUUCCCCUUAAAACUGUAAACGCAAAGAUAAAAUCUGGAAUGUGUAAGGAAAAUUGUUUUAACACAAACUGUGCCAUUUCACCCUGUAGACAAAAAUCGUGCUUUGGUUGGUUUUGUUGCGAAAGGACUCGUCGUUAGUGGAGGUGAAACGCAAGGAUAAUUUAAAGUGAAAGAACGCAGUGUCUGAGGUAGUCUCUCUCUCUCUCUCUCUCUCUCUCUCUCUCUCUCUCUCUCUCUCUCUCUCCCCCCCUCUCUCUCUCUCUCUCUCUCUGUGUGUGUGUGUGUGUGUUUGUAAGCCCAGCCCCCUUCUUUACAUAGACACAGCAGCGUUUACCUGAGACUAUUACCUGUGUGAAGUGCAACUGGACGAACUCACACAAACGUGGAUUUUACAAAAGAAAAUAAAGACGCUUUCUGGAAGUAAAGAUCUAAAGUAGGCCUACGCUACUUAGAUAUGUAUGUUCCAUUUUGUAAACUGAUCUAGACUGCGAACAGAUUUUUUUCUUCAAGGUGAUUUUUAAUUCUUAUGGUUGCUAUGAUCCGGAGUUGACUCACAUCAUGUCCAAAUCCUCAGAUCAGUUUGACAGCUCAGAUUGCGUGUGUUCAGUCGGCAUGAAGCUGACUUGGGAUAUAAACGACCCCAAGCUUCCACAGGACACGAAGCAGUAUGAUCCGUUCCAGGAGUGGACAGAUGGAUACGUACGUUAUAUUUACAGCAGUGAAGACAAGAACGCACAAAGACACCUGAGCGGAUGGGCCAUGAGGAACACUAACAAUCAUAACUGUCAGAUCCUGAAGAAGUCAUGCCUUGGUGUGGUGGUGUGUUCACGAAACUGCCCUCUCCCAGACGGGUCCAAACUUCAGCUGAGACCGGCCAUCUGUGACAAAGCACGACAGAAACAGCAAAAAAAGCUUUGUCCAAACUGUAACUCAGCUCUUGAGUUGAUACCAUGCCGAGGUCACAGUGGCUAUCCAGUAACCAAUUUUUGGAGAGUAGAUGGCAAGGCAAUUUUUUUCCAGGCUAAAGGAGUACAUGACCACCCCAGACCAGAGAGUAAGUCUGAAACAGAGGCAAGAAGGAGUGCAGUGAAGAGAAGGAUGUCUUCACCUAACUCUUCACAGAAAAGAAGACUGGUGGAGUCCGAGCCUGGACGUUAUCACGACAUAGCCUUUCCUAAUAUCCACCAGCUCACCAUGGAGGCCCCAGAGCGCUUCAGCAUCAUUGCAGAGUCCAACUUCCCAAUACAGACCCAACACUAUCCUCCUUUCCAGAACACAGAGUCCUACAAGUUCCCUUAUGACACACACACAGCAGCGGCCAUGGCGGAUGCUCCGAGCUCACUGCAGAAGCCUGCGAACCACCGUCUGUAUAUGACCCGCCCUCCUUGUGGGUAUGACUUUGCAGUCCCAGGAUACCUUGGCUCAGGGCCUUAUCCAACAGCACUGUAUAAGGAUCCUUCAAGCCCACAAACUGAGACAGAACCCAAUAAGUCGGGGAGCAGUUUGAGUGCCAUGCCUCAUGGCACAAGUCCAUUAGGGAGCCAUGAGCGGAGCUACACAGAAAGUACAGGAAAGCAUCAUGGCUGGAAGCAAAUUCUGAGUAAAGGUCCCUAUGGGGAGAGAGGUGACUACUCUCAGCUGCCAACCAAUGCCAACCACCACUACUACAACAGUGACUACCCAUGUAGGUACACAGGACCUGCCCCUGCCACCCCGGCAGCAUUGCAGACUAUAAUAACCACAACCACAAAAGUGUCCUACCAGCCAUGCCCCAAGCCAUCUGUUGUCAAAUAUGGAGAGAACCUCUAUGAUGUGAAAGGCCUAUCUAACUGUAACUCAAUCUUGGAAGAAGCCUCUUCCAAUUCCUACUCGGACCUCAAGAUUCCAGAGGAUUCGGGAGUGAUUAAAUCUGCCCUCUCAUACCAGGACACGCUCCCAGCUAAAAUCGAGAGGUCUGAAAACUUUGAGGGCUAUCGCUACAGCAGUUACAGCUCAAAUAGUUACCCUGACCGAAUGUCGCAUCCUUUUAGGUAUGACAGCGGGGAAUACUGAGGGACUGCAGAAAGAUCAAACAGAGUGUAUAUAACUAACUAAAAAGAAAAAAAACAUAAGCAAGUACAUAUAAAUGUGUAAUUUAUAUUCAGUAUUUGAGCUGUUUUAAUGUCUUUAGUUUUAAAGUGACUGUAGAUACCUUGUGGAAUCUUGUGUAAACUUAUGAUUCACAUUGAUUAAACAGACUGAUAUCAGUGUUGAGUAUAUUUCUAUAUAUUCAGGUAAUGUGUUUAAAGCCAUGAUUGGUACUUAGCUGUUGUCUUUGAAAUAAAUGAAAAUGUGUCAAAAUAAA